CGCCAGGCGGCGGCAGCAGUAGGAGGUGGAGGAGGAGGGAUCGCGGGCCCCGACCGCGGUGGCCCGCUUGGCCUGCCCUUUGUGCCCGCAGCCUACGCCCCGCGCGGCUGGCCGCCGCGCCGUGCUCCCUGGCCACGCGCGCCAGCCCACGGACCUAACCUCCGCGCCUGGGAUGCGCCGGGGAUGCGCGUCCUCCGGCCCUGCGGCUGCUCCCGGCUGGGCGCGGGGUGAUGGAGCUGAGCAUGAAGAAGUUCACCGUGCGCAGGUUCUUCUCCGUGUACCUGCGCAAGAAAUCGCGCUCCAAGAGCUCCAGUCUAAGUCGGCUCGAGGAAGAAGGCAUUGUGAAGGAGAUUGACAUCAGUCAUCAUGUGAAGGAAGGAUUUGAAAAGGCCGACCCUUCCCAGUUUGAGCUGUUGAAGGUUUUGGGACAAGGGUCCUACGGAAAGGUGUUCCUGGUGAGGAAGAUCAAGGGGUCGGAUGCAGGACAGCUCUACGCAAUGAAGGUGCUUAAGAAAGCUACCUUAAAAGUUCGAGAUCGAGUCCGAUCGAAGAUGGAGAGAGACAUAUUGGCAGAAGUGAAUCACCCUUUCAUUGUAAAGCUUCAUUAUGCCUUUCAGACGGAAGGGAAACUCUACCUGAUCUUGGACUUCCUGCGGGGUGGGGACCUCUUCACCAGGCUCUCCAAAGAGGUGAUGUUCACGGAGGAGGACGUGAAGUUCUACUUGGCCGAGUUGGCCUUGGCUUUGGACCACCUGCACAGCCUGGGCAUCAUCUACAGGGACCUGAAGCCUGAGAACAUCCUCCUGGAUGAAGAAGGACACAUUAAAAUCACAGAUUUCGGGCUCAGUAAGGAGGCCAUUGACCACGACAAGAGAGCUUACUCCUUCUGUGGGACAAUCGAGUACAUGGCGCCCGAGGUGGUGAACCGGAGAGGACACACGCAGAGCGCCGACUGGUGGUCCUUCGGCGUGCUCAUGUUCGAGAUGCUCACGGGGUCACUGCCGUUCCAGGGGAAGGACAGGAAGGAGACCAUGGCCCUCAUCCUCAAAGCCAAGCUGGGUAUGCCCCAGUUCCUCAGCAUGGAGGCCCAGAGUUUGCUGAGAGCCCUCUUCAAGCGGAACCCCUGCAACCGGCUGGGUGCUGGUAUUGAUGGCGUGGAGGAGAUCAAGCGUCACCCUUUCUUUGUCACCAUAGAUUGGAACAAGCUGUACAGGAAGGAGAUCAAGCCGCCCUUCAAGCCAGCAGUGGGCCGACCCGAGGACACCUUCCACUUUGAUCCUGAGUUCACAGCCCGGACACCCACAGACUCGCCUGGCGUCCCCCCCAGCGCCAAUGCUCAUCACCUGUUCAGAGGAUUCAGUUUUGUGGCCUCCAGCCUGGUCCAGGAGCCCCCGCAGCAAGAUGUGCACAAAGCCACAGUUCACCCCAUCGUGCAGCAGCUACAUGGGAACAACAUCCACUUCACCGACGGCUAUGAGAUCAAGGAGGACAUCGGCGUGGGCUCCUACUCCGUGUGCAAGCGAUGUGUGCACAAAGCCACCGACGCAGAGUACGCCGUCAAGGUCAUCGAUAAGAGUAAACGAGACCCCUCGGAGGAGAUUGAGAUUCUCCUGAGGUACGGGCAGCACCCGAACAUCAUCACCCUCAAAGACGUCUACGACGACGGCAAGUCCGUGUACCUGGUGAUGGAGCUAAUGCGCGGCGGGGAGCUGCUGGACCGGAUCCUGCGGCAGAGGUGCUUCUCGGAGCGGGAGGCCAGCGACGUGCUGUGCACCAUCGCCCGGACCAUGGACUACCUGCACUCCCAGGGGGUCGUUCACCGGGACCUGAAGCCGAGUAACAUCCUGUAUGUGGAUGAGUCUGGGAACCCUGAAUCCAUCCGGAUCUGUGACUUUGGGUUUGCCAAGCAGCUGCGAGCCGAGAACGGGCUGCUGAUGACGCCCUGCUACACAGCCAACUUUGUUGCCCCAGAGGUCCUGAAACGGCAAGGCUAUGACGCAGCGUGUGACAUCUGGAGUCUGGGGAUCCUGUUAUACACCAUGCUGGCCGGAUUCACCCCUUUUGCAAAUGGACCGGAUGACACUCCCGAGGAGAUUCUGGCGCGGAUUGGCAGCGGGAAGUACGCCCUUUCCGGGGGAAACUGGGAUUCCAUCUCUGAUGCGGCAAAGGACGUGGUGUCCAAGAUGCUCCACGUGGACCCCCACCAGCGCCUGACGGCGGUGCAGGUCCUCAAACACCCGUGGAUUGUGAACAGGGAGUACCUGUCCCAGCAGCAGCUCAGCCGACAGGACGUCCACCUCGUGAAGGGCGCAAUGGCUGCCACCUACUUUGCUCUAAACAGAACCCCUCAGGCCCCACGGCUGGAGCCGGUGCUGUCGUCCAGCCUGGCCCAGCGCAGAGGCAUGAAAAGACUCACGUCCACGAGGUUGUAGCAGCGGCAGGACCUGCAGCAUCGUCGGCUCGCGGGCGCUGGCCUGGGAUGCGGUCACGGGCGCUGCUGGAGUGAGCACAGCACCUUCGCUUGCUCUGCGUUUCCUUGUUCAGCCCGGAGAGGAUGGACGGUGACCUCCCAGCGCCUCGCUCUGCUGACCUGCCAUCUCCUUCCCCAGCAAAACCAGACGGACCCCCAUCACCGCCGGCACCCACGCUGAAUGCCUGUGGGGUCCCUUCUGACUGUGGGCCUCUGACCCAUGGCUCCUGCUUUGCGGAGACAUUUUUUCCAACCGUAAAGCCAGUCUCCUGGUGAGAUUUCCGACACGUGCACCCUAGUCGUUAUGUAAGGGAAUGUCUCGAGCAGUGUAUGGCCGUGCCUCCCUGGGAGGAGCUGGCUGGUGGUCCUGGAGUUCCUGGCAGGCUGAAGGACGGGGGACACAUGGCACUAAGAGCAGAUGCCUGGCCCCCUCAGGUGACCCAAAGAGCCCUGUCUUGUUGGCCCUGCGUUUCUGACUGAAGUGUUGGGUGUUGUGUCCUGUCGCAGAUCUGAGCGGGAGGAGCCCCCCAGAACCGGCCAGCGGUGUCUGCCUUGGUACCACAUUUCACAAGAGUCGCCCGUCCCCCUCAUCCCAGGGCCCAGGCCCCUGCCCCCCGCUCUAGAUCGCAGAGGCCACUGGAGCUUCCAGGACCCUGGCUCCUCUGGCCGAGGGCCCAGUCCGCCUGUUUCCCCACUGCUGUGGGUUUGCUCUGCUUUCCUGGUCCCAGAAAAGCUAUGCUCAUCGGAACCCUGAGCUCUGCUGCCGCCCAUCAAUCUUCUGUCAGCCCCACUGGUGACAGGAUGGGCACGUGAGGCCUCUGCCCGCCCUGGGGGCCGGGGAGCCGGAAGCUGCGUGAGCAGAGUAGUGAUGCACUUUGUGGAAGCUGUGCUGUGUCCUUUGUGUUUCUGUUGCACAGUCUGUCCUCACCUGGCCUCUCAGUGAUGGUCAGUGUCCCCGUGGGCUGUGUGUGCACACAGAUGUGGUGUGGUGCAGAGCGAGCUGGCGUGCGUUCCUUUGGUAAAGAAAACCAGACAGGCUCAGCGCCACUGCCCAGACCUGGAGGAGAGGUGCGUGUGUCCUGUCUCCUCCCAGCCGGUCCCAAGCCAGGGAGCCACCUGCCAGGCUGACAGGAGACUCGAGCCCGCCCUCCGUCUGUCCGGUUGUCCCUCUGCGCUGAGGCUGGACUGCGGGAGCGCCUGUUGGUCACAGCCAGGUUUUCACUAAGGAGACGCUAUUUCAUUGUUUCUUUUGUCCCUGCAUCUCAACUCACUCUGGUACCCAACACACACACACACACACACACACACACACUGCGUUCUGAAAAAUUACUACUUAGCUUGGUCUCCUAUUUUCAGACCUUGAAAUAUAAACUAUUUCAGAAGCUUUAAUUAUUCCAUGAGGUGUUUUUUUUCUCUCAGAGAACCACAAGAAAUAAAAGGUGGGGGGCAAGUUCAUGCACGUGUUUCACACACGUUAGGCAUGGCUCAUGUUUUCUCAACAGAAAAUGCUUUCUCCACGCUACCGUGCCCUCCACAUACAAUAGCUUCAUCUUAGAUCUGCGUUAUGUCACUUAUUGUUAGAAACUUAGGAGAAACUGGAGAGUCUUUAGACAUCGACCCAAGUCAUUCCCUCUUGUGUUGGCUGCAGGGGCAACUGCUCAGCCCCUGGGCCUGGCCUGUCUGCUGGGUGGUUUGUUUGCUUAAGGUCCGCAGUUCUGAUGGAGGGAAGGGAAGCUGAGGACUGAGGGGCGUGGCUCUCAGGACUGAGGGGCGUGGCCGGGAGCGGCAGGUGUGGAGGCUACACUCCUGCGGGAUCCCCAGGCUCCUGUGGCCCUCACUGCCCUUAGCGGGGAGGGGGCGUGCGUCCCCAGAGCUACCGCGCCAGCUGCUCUGCUGAACCAGCGCUACCUGAACGUCUGUCCAGUUCCACCGCUUUCUCUCCUGUACCCACAUCAGCCCCUUCAGCAGAAAGUCACCUAGAGCAGUGAUGAUACCAUGUCGCAAAGUGAACGUCCAAACGCCAAUGGCUGUGCCGUCGGCGUGUGAACGAAGGUGUCCUGGCUAUUCUCACGGCGCCUGUACAGGCACCUCUCUUAGUGAAAGGCUGGGUAGGAUCGCACACGUGACAGUUAAAUAGCUGCCCUGCUCACACAUCUCACCACAUCCCCUGGAUCAGGAAACCACAGCAUUUGUCGCCAGAAAACCAAGGCCCACACCUCAGGCCUCCUAGCCCACCGCCAAGGCCCCUUCACGGCACCCACAGGUGUGGUGUCACCCCACCCUGGCGGCCCCCCUGUUUAGGAGAAACACCUGAGUGGCCCCACCAGUGUGGGAGCUUUCAUAGGCGCCACCCCCAGACUGGGCAAGAGUGAGCCGUCCAUCACUUCUGUCCUCGGGUCAGAUUGUCUGGUUUUAAACUAGCGUUGUGUGUGUUGAUGUUUGGAACUGCAUUGGCUUUCUCGGUGACAGUAGUGCUCGGUGUCCGCCAGUAUUGCUCGUUACAUGGUGUUAUUCCUGACGCGGCCUCUCGGACUGCCUCGUGCUUACUGGGUCCCUCAAGCACGUGAUAAUUUGAUUUGCACUCUGUUCAUUUCCCACGGGGUCUGGUUGCCCUUCACCUCUCCGAGAGGCGUGAAUUCUCUAGAAUAGAAAAUGCCUCUGUGUGGUGAGGAAAAGGUAGUGGUGACUCCAGGGUGGCCUUGCAGAGCUCAGGAAACCACUUGGGAAAGGACGAGAACUGUCCAGACGCUGUGGUCGCUGGCAUGGAGCACGCUUUCUACCCAGACCCCCGACUCAGCACUUUGUUUACAAGCCGCGUUGAUGUUUACAGGCCAUUCUUUUGUUCAUGCUUUCUGUUUUAUGUGGAGAUGGGCGGCCACUGUACAGAUAUUUAUUACGCUUUCCAGACUUUCUGAAUAGAUUUUUUAAAUAA